CCGCUCACAGACCACCCGGAAGCGACGUGUAGCAUUUAAGCUAACAGCUUUAAUCCAACCAUGUUCCCCAGAGGCCAGCCCGGCGUGGUUUACGGGGAUGCGUGAGGCCGUGCGGGGGGGAUCCACGCACAGACUGAGGUCGGUUCCCCGGAGUAGGUCGUCACCACGACAUGGCCACCGCGCGGUUCCCCGGGAAGAGUGUCGACGUGGCCGCCAACUGGACGGCGCCGGGCCGGCAGGUGUGUGUGAACGGGACCCCGUGGAUCCUCUACCUGCUGGAGGAGUGCGUGGACAACGCGUGGGAGCGCUGCAGCGUGGUGAUAGGACUCGUGUCCAUGUUCUGCUUCCUGCUGUCCACGCUGCCGCAGGUCUAUGAGGCCUAUCGGAAUGGUAAAGUGGAAGAGGCCAUGUCUUUUGGCUUCCUUUUCUUCCUCUUCAGUGGAGAUUUGACCAGCUUUGCAGGCUGCUACCUCACCAGCCAGCUGCCUAUUCAGGUCGUCACAGUGGUGUUCUACAUCUUCACUGACCUGAUCCUUAUAUCCCAAUUCCUCUACUAUAAGAUCAAGAACAGCUCCAGCAGAAAAAGCCCAGUGUUGAAGUGGCUGUGCUUCAUGUGGUGUGGCGCUGCUACGUUAGUUCUCCUGGCUUUACCCAAACUCAUCAUAGACAAUAGUGCAUCUUUAGACCCCCAGAGUCCAACUACCUCUAAAUCGGUGGAAAUUACUGGCUAUAUAUGUGGAUACCUGGCAUCUAUAUUCUACCUCAGCUCCCGUUUCCCCCAGCUCUAUAAAAAUUUCCAGCGACAGUCUACGGAGGGCACCUCCUACUUGUUGUUUGCCCUGGCCAUGAUGGGCAAUGGGACGUAUGGGUUCAGCGUCAUCGUGGUCCUGCCUGCUCUGAAGGGCUCCAAACAGACCUUCAUCAUCAAACAUCUGGCCUGGCUCAUCGGCAGCCUGGGAGUCCUCAUACUCGACUUCUUUGUGACCGCGCAGUUCAUCAUGUACAGGAAGAACAAGUCUGCUAAAAGCAGCAAACUGCUCAGCGUGCCAGAGGUUGAACCUCUACUGUGUGAGGAAGUGGAACUGUCUGUGUUAUAGGACGCUGAAUGGACACCAACAUGGACCACGCCGUCAAGAAUGGACUGCUCCGUCUACGAUUUGUUUUACAUCAUUCUGUGGAGAUUGAUUUACUCCUAACAACUUCAGAGAACGGAGACAUUGCAGAAGAAUUGUUCUAGCAGCCGUGUUGUGGUACAAGCAGGCAAUUCCAGUUCAACUUUAUAGUCAGAUUUUACGCCGUUAAGAGGACAAACAUGAUCAACUCUUGUGUGGUUUACUGUAGUAAUAGGACAGGAAACGCUACAGACAAGAUCUGGUCAUUUUUUUUUAUUUGAGCCGGGGAUCAAGUUAAAAUAAGUACCACGUUGGAGACAUUUCUGUCUGUUUCUCUUUAGGCAGGCGAGUUAGCUGAAAUCAAAUAUUUUCCAGGUUAUGAAUACUGGCAUUUUUUUGAUACAUUUCCCCCACUGGGAUUCCUUGAGGAGAAUCCCAGAGGAGAUGCCAGAUGUCUUUUCAAAAAUGCAAGCUUUAUGGAAGAACAAAGUGCCUGUCAUAUUCAUGCAUUUUUGACAGAGUGAAUACAACUGUAGAGGUUUGCAAUAUUAAACUAGUAUGCACGGUAUGGGAUUUAAGUUUCCUUACCUGAUACCUGACCUGGGUAUUUGAGUUUGUGUGAGGAAAGAUGGAGGAACCAACACUUAUGUUUUUCUGUGAACCUGAUGGAUUGUAUAAUUGUCCGUUUGUUCUGGAUGGAUAACUGUGGCUAACGGGAAUUUGUCAUGAGCAUAACAUUAGAACACUAGGCUCAUAGUUAGUCUGAAAUUGAUUUAGCCAGAUGUGUUUGUAGCUACAGUGGGCCAUCCCUGCACCUUAAAAAAACGUUACUCUACAGGUGUAUAAUGACCUCAUUUCUAUUUCAAAGGGAUUUUGUAAGCUUUCUUUUAUUCUAGAAAAACACAUUUGUGCCUUUUUCUUUGAAUUAAAUACAGUCUUAAUGAAAAUGUUCUAUGAAUAUAAAUUUCAGAACUAAAUUAUUUUAAUAUUAAAUUAAAAAAACCAAAAAAGUUAACUUAACUUAACUAGUGACAGCGAUUUAGUUAAGCCACCAUUUGUUUUGUUUUUACAAAAAAUGCAGUGGAACUUGUUUUCACGAUUUACCCUCUCUUAUUCCUUAAAUAUGAUCCGCCUCUGUAAUUGUUGUGAUCAGCACUAACUGUUCUCUUUUAAUAGAAGAUCUUUGCUUUUGUAACAUCUUCAAAACAUUCAAACACAUUCUUUGAUCACAACAUGACCAUUUGAUAACAUAUUUUUCAGAUGGAUCUAAGAAUAGGAAUAUUAAUUGUGUGCUUUUGAAGACUUGUUGAAGUAAUAAGGCUCAAAAUGUAUUUUCACAAUUAAGGUGUGUUUCUAUUCUGUAUUUUGAAAACACUUUUCUUUCUUCUUCUUAUAAGCUUCAUUGCGAUUGUUCAAAGAGUAACACAAAACAAAUAGAUGACAACAAAAACAAAAAUAAAACCGAACAAAUAGACUCAUUGAUGACGAGUGCUUUUAGUUUUUGGACAUUCAUUUAGAGCAUCAGCAAAACUAACAGCUUAUUAAUGUUGGGCCAAAUGUUACACAGUAUGUGUGGGGUGCUGCAUAACUAAGGGACUACUUAGAGAGAUCUGCACAUUUUUCUACCUCUUUAUAGUGUGGACAUGAUUUGUUUCUCCUAGUGUACAUGAAGAGCUGGCUCGCACACAUUGUAUUUAAAAAAUGUGAACUGUACAAUUCAUUUGGUAGCAUCCAAACGACAAUGUUUUCAGAAAAUUGUAGUUUUUACAUUUUUGGCCAGUCAGCUGAUGCAAUAAUGUGGAUGUUGCGGGAUUUCUUCUGACUUUGUUUACUGAAAAGAAAGUUUGUUUGGAAAAAUAUGCAAUCAGAGUCACAUUUUUAAAUUAGUUUUGUAUUGCACGAUUUGAUCCCUUUUCAAUUCCUUUAAUAUGAAUCUGAUAAAGUUUUUCAAUCGAGCACAAAAAAAUACGUUUUUAUUGUAUAUAUUAUUCCUGUAAACAGUAGAACAUGUUUACUGAUUUGUCACAGUGUAUUGCUCUUAUGUAUUUAUUUUCUUAAAGCAUUCACAUUUCUUUUUCUGUACAUUUUUGGCCAGUUAUAUUGUAAUUCUAAGCUCUGUACCAGGGUACAUGUACCGACAAUGUCUUCUGAUAUAAACUGUAUGUAAAACCAUGGUAUGUAUGAGUAUAACUGUAUCUAUAUUGUACAAAACUUUAAUAAACUGCAAUAUACAGUAUAUUCUCAUUCAAGACAUGUU